AUUAGAGUGCCGUGUAAAUUGAUUCCACUGGCUUGUAUGGGAGUCCCGUCUCUUAAACGUAGUGGUUACAUACUCUUUGACAUAGCGGUGCCUGUGCUGAAUUCACGAAAAUUCGUUUUAAAAUUACAAAAGACAUCACUGAAAACUGUCAGUAACCAGCAACCAUGGAUCAGCUACUGCAGCAGGUUGCCUCCAACAUGGAGAAGCAGCUGGACAGUGAGAUUGAGAGGCUGGAGACUAUGGACUCCAAUGACCUGGAGGCUAUCAGACAGCAGAGGAUCGCCGAGAUGAAGAAACGCGCCAAGGCCAAGCAGGAGUGGCUAGCUAAUGGCCACGGCGAGUACACAGAAAUAGAUGGAGAAAAAGAUUUUUUCGCAGUGUGCAACAAGAGCGAGCACGUCGUAUGCCACUUUUACAAGAACGACAGUCCGCGCUGCAAGAUUGUUGACAUGCACCUCAAAAUAUUGGCCAAGAAACAUGUUGAGACACGCUUCGUCAAGCUGGACGUGGAAAGGGCUCCCUUCCUUACCGGUCGUUUGAAGAUCCGCGUGAUCCCCACCAUUGGGCUGGUGAAGGAAAACAAGACUAAGGAUUUCAUCGUCGGGUUCACUGACCUCGGCAACAGGGAUGACUUCUCUACCGAAAUGCUGGAGUGGAGGAUAGCUAGAUCAGACAUCAUAGAAUACUCAGGCGACCUCCUGGUCCCUCCCGAGGAGGCUCGCAAGGCGCGCAAACUGCAGGUUCAAAGCAAGAAGACCAUCAGAGGCACUCCGGACUCGGAUUCAGACUUGGAACUCAGCGACUAACAGUUUGUUGGCCCUAAAAUAGAAUUAACUUUUAUAUUCUACUAAAUAGAAUCCUAAAUUAUAUUUGUUUAUAGUACUCAAAUAAGGGGCGUUCAUAUAAUUAGGAGAG